CUUCAGCCCGGGUGUUUUCCUGAGUCCCCUAUUUUCCUGCUUGGAGUGCCAGUGUCCCAUCCUGCUUUGGUGCCGGGUUUCCUCUCUCCUUCCACUCGACCCCAGUGCAGGAAGAAGAGUGAUGCGGAGGAGGGCUGGCGGCUGGGUGGCCUGCGGGUGUUGUGCGCAGUGCGCACUGUUUCGGGGGAGUGCAUGAAGAGGAGCUGGGUUCUUGCCGGAAAGCAAGCUCCAGUAGCACCUGCUGAGAGCCUUUCCGGCCAAAACAGCCACGGCCAGAGCCACCAGCUAUAAAUAGGCCAUCAAGAACACGGUGUGCGACCGCACAUCCUGCCGCGAGGGCCACAAUCACGCGUGGGCCCGCGUCCCCAGCACCAGGGGAAUACCCCGGGCCAGGUCUUCGCGCUGAGGCUGGAUGGGGCGGCGAUCCGUGCACCUUCUCCAAGGUCUCCUGGGGUGGCGCCUAGUGGCCCCUGGGCGGGCUGAGGAUGGACCGCUGGGGAGCGAGGGGAGGGAGGCCGCGGAGGACCCGCACUGCAGCAGCUGUUGCUCGCCUGUGACUCGCCAGUCUGGGCCGAGCCGCCCGGCCAGAGUUGCACGGCGCGGAGGAGAAGGGAAGGCAUCGCGUCCUGUUCUUGGCUCCCGGUAAACCCACUAAGGAGAUCCCGGCUGCUGCCCCCCGCCCCCGCCUCCCCCGCGCUCGCCCAGCCGGAGAGGAGGAAACGCGAGCAGCGCGUAGACACCUCCUUCUUGGUUGCCGCCGCCGCCGGCCACACCGCGGUGCCUGUUGCUGCAAGCUGCCACGGGACCCGCCGUAUCUUCAGCCCGCCGGAGAAGCAGCACGAGACUGUGGCGCGGUCCCCAAGCCAGCAGUUUGCUGAAAACUAUGGACGCCCGGCCCACCCAGGCCAUCUUCAGGGUGUCCGGGAGCACCUGCGCGCCCCAGCCCCGAGCUCUGAGCGCGCCACCUUCCUGGAUUCUGCCUUCAGAAGCAUGUGAAAUAGAUUACUCCAUUUAAACCAGGGAAAGAGUAGCACGAUUUCCUGGCUCUCCAGACCUCUCCCAGGAUGGACGUGAUCACAUUCACAGCGAGGAAGCAUCCGUUCCCUCAUGAGCUCUCGGUGGACUUCGGCUUACAGCUGGUGGGCGCCUUACCUGUGCAUUCUCUCACUACUAUGCCCAUGCUGCCAUGGGUGGUGGCCGAAGUACGAAGACUCAGUGACCAGGGCUCCAAAAAGGUGCCUGGGAUCAAGCAAGUCCGGCUUUGGGUUUCACCCUCGGGACUGAGAUGUGAACCUGACCUGAGAAAAAGUCAACAGUGGGACCCGCUGAUCUGCUCCAGCAUCUUUGAGUGCAAGCCUCAGCGUGUUCACAAACUCAUUCACAACAGUCACGACCCCAGCUACUUUGCUUGUCUCAUUAAGGAGGAGGCUGCCAACAGGCAGAGCCUCUGCUAUGUGUUUAAAGCAGACGAUCAAACUAAAGUGCCUGAGAUCAUCAGUUCCAUCCGGCAGGCGGGGAAGAUCGCCCGCCAGGAGGAGCUGCGCUGCCCCUCAGAAUUCGAUGACACCUUCGCCAAAAAGUUCGAGGUGCUCUUCUGCGGCCGCGUCACCGUGGCCCACAAGAAGGCGCCACCAGCGCUGAUCGAUGAGUGCAUCGAGAAGUUCAACCACGUGAACUGUGGCCGCAGAGACUGGGACACACCCACUGGGCCGCCAUCAGCACCGGGUGCCCGGCCUAUGCGCAAGUCCUUCUCGCAGCCCGGGCUGCGCUCCCUGGCCUUCAGGAAGGAGUUCCAGGACACCAGCCUCCGCAGUAGCACCUUCAGCUCCUUCGACAAUGACAUCGAAAACCACCUCAUCGGAGGACACAAUGUCGUUCAGCCCACAGACAUGGAGGAGAACCGAACUAUGCUCUUCACGAUUGGCCAAUCUGAAGUUUACCUCAUCAGUCCCGACACCAAAAAGAUUGCACUGGAGAAAAAUUUUAAGGAGAUAUCCUUUUGCUCUCAGGGCAUCAGGCAUGUGGACCACUUUGGGUUUAUCUGCCGGGAGUGCUCGGGCAGCGGCGGCUUCCAUUUCGUCUGUUACGUGUUCCAGUGCACAAACGAAGCCCUGGUUGACGAGAUCAUGAUGACUCUGAAGCAGGCCUUCACGGUAGCUGCUGUGCAGCAGACUGCUAAGGCACCAGCCCAGCUGUGCGAGGGCUGCCCCUUGCAGGGCCUGCACAAGCUCUGCGAGAGGAUAGAGGGAAUGAAUUCAUCUAAAACCAAGUUAGAACUCCAGAAGCACCUGACCACGCUGACCAAUCAGGAGCAGGCCACCAUUUUCGAGGAAGUUCAGAAAUUAAGGCCAAGAAACGAGCAGCGAGAGAAUGAAUUAAUUAUUUCUUUUCUGAGAUGUUUAUAUGAAGAGAAGCAAAAAGAGCACAACCACAUUGGGGAGCCAAAGCAGACACCACAGGUGGCAGCAGAGAAUAUCGGGAGUGAACUGCCACCCAGCGCUACCCGUUUCAGGCUAGAUAUGCUGAAGAACAGAGCAAAGAGGUCCUUAACAGAAUCCUUGGAGAGCAUCCUGUCCCGGGGUAGUAAAGCCAGAGGCCUGCAGGAACAUUCCAGCAGCGUGGAUCUGGACAGCUCCACUUCUAGUACUCUGAGUAACACCAGCAAAGAGCUGUCAAUGGGUGACAAGGAGGCCAUGCUGGCCUCUGAGAGCUCCUUCAAGCUCCUUGGAUCCUCAGAAGACCUGUCCAGUGACUCAGAGAGCCACACUGCAGAAGAGUCCACUCUCCUGUCACCCCAGCAAUCAUUCAGAAGGAGAGCCAACACCCUGAGUCAUUUCCCUGUAGAGAGCCUGGCGCCUCCAGAGCCAGCUCAGAGCUCUCCAGGGGUCUCUCAGAGAAAACUCAUGAGGUAUCAUUCUGUGAGCACAGAGACGCCUCAUGAACACAAUGCGGACCGUCUUCCUGGGGGUGAGGCUAAGUGCUGCUCGGGGCAGCCUUCAGCUCCUCCACCUCGUCUUAGCCCCUCCGCCUCCUCACCCAACUUUUUUAAGUACCUAAAACACAAUGCCAGUGGAGAGCACAGUGGGAAUGCUGUGCCCAGAAGUGUCUCCUACCGUAAUGCCCUGCGGAAAAAGCUCCAUUCUUCCUCCUCUGUGCCAAAUUUUCUAAAAUUUCUGGCUCCUGUAGAUGAAAAUCACACCUGUGACUUUAUGAACACAAACAGGGACUUUGAAUCCAAAACAAACCACCUGGGUGACACAGAUGGGACCCCUGUGAAGACCCGGCGGCAUUCAUGGAGACAGCAGAUAUUUCUUCGAGUGGCCACUCCACAGAAGGCGUGUGAUUCCCCAGGCAGAUAUGAAGAUUAUUCAGAGCUGGGAGAGCUCCCCCCACGGUCCCCAUUAGAGCCAGUGUGUGAAGAUGGACCGUUUGGCCCUGUACCAGAAGAAAAGAAGAAGACACCACGAGAGCUUCGAGAGCUGUGGAAAAAGGCUAUUCUGCAGCAGAUACUGCUGCUCAGGAUGGAGAAGGAGAAUCAGAAGCUGCAAGCCUCUGAGAAUGAUUUACUGAACAAACGCCUAAAGCUUGACUAUGAAGAAAUCACUCCUUGUCUUAAAGAAGUAACUACAGUGUGGGAAAAGAUGCUUAGUACUCCAGGAAGAUCCAAAAUUAAGUUUGACAUGGAAAAAAUGCACUCAGCUGUUGGGCAAGGUGUGCCACGUCAUCACCGGGGUGAGAUCUGGAAAUUUCUAGCUGAGCAGUUCCUCCUUAAACAUCCCUUUCCCAGUAAACAGCAGCCAAUGGAUGUGCCCUACAAAGAACUCUUGAAGAAACUGACCUCACAGCAGCACGCCAUCCUCAUCGACCUUGGGCGAACCUUUCCAACACACCCGUACUUCUCUGCCCAGCUCGGAGCAGGGCAGCUGUCACUUUACAACAUCCUGAAGGCCUACUCGCUUCUGGACCAGGAAGUAGGAUACUGCCAAGGUCUCAGCUUUGUGGCAGGCAUUUUGCUUCUUCAUAUGAGUGAAGAAGAGGCGUUCAAGAUGCUCAAGUUCCUGAUGUUUGACAUGGGGCUGCGGAAACAGUAUCGGCCAGACAUGAUUAUUUUACAGAUCCAGAUGUACCAGCUGUCACGACUGCUCCAUGAUUACCACAGAGACCUCUACAACCACCUGGAAGAGCACGAGAUCGGCCCCAGCCUCUACGCGGCUCCCUGGUUUCUCACCGUGUUCGCCUCACAGUUCCCACUGGGCUUUGUAGCCAGGGUCUUCGAUAUGAUCUUCCUUCAGGGGUCAGAGGUCAUAUUUAAAGUGGCCUUAAGUCUUUUGGGAAGCCAUAAGCCCUUAAUUCUGCAGCAUGAGAACCUGGAAACCAUAGUGGACUUCAUAAAGAACACACUGCCCAACCUGGGCUUGGUGCAGAUGGAGAAGACCAUUAACCAGGUGUUUGAGAUGGACAUCGCCAAACAGCUACAAGCCUACGAGGUUGAGUACCAUGUGCUCCAAGAAGAACUUAUCGAUUCCUCUCCUCUCAGUGACAACCAAAGAAUGGAUAAAUUGGAGAAGACCAACAGCAGCUUACGCAAACAGAACCUUGACCUCCUGGAACAAUUGCAGGUGGCAAAUGCUAAGAUCCAAAGCCUUGAAGCCACGGUGGAGAAGCUUCUAACCAGCGAGAGCAAGCUGAAGCAGUCUGUGCUGACCCUGGAGCUGGAGCGCUCCGCCCUGCUGCAGAUGGUGGAGGAUCUUCGAAGGCAAAGUGCCCAGCCCAGCACUCAGGAGCCGGACUGUACCCAGCCGGAACCUACCGGUGACUGACAGCUUCCGCGAGAGAUUGCACACCGCUAACACUGUCCAAGCCUUAACCGGGAGAGACAGGAGCUGGAGGCAGCGAAGAGAGGACUCCUCAGGGAGGAAACUGGCUCGCCAGCCCACAGAUGCUUUCGAGCUCAGACUUGGAGUUGGGAGGGCAAAAGUCCCAGAGUUUUUGUUGUUUUCAGUUCAAAUUCAUCCCCUUUUCAGUCCUGGUUGUUGUAGCUUUAGACAGCAUGGACGUGAAUAAAUGUACCUUUCUGUUUCCUCCUCCUUCAGAGGCACAUUGUUUGAGAAGAUUCAUGACACCAGUUGUUUCAGAAUCAAGAAGGACUUGAAAUAAUUCCUCAGGCAAAAGUGUGACCCUUGUCAGUCUGUAAGGAAAGGUUGCUGCGGCCAUGUCCUUGGUGUCACCGUGAGGUGCAGUGGGUAGCCUGAGGUGGCCCCGGGAAGGACUGAGAGAGGUUUAUUUAAGUUGGAUGCAUUGAUCGUCACUGACUCACUGUCACUCCCAGAGGUACUGAAGAAGCUCGUCUUUCACACGGUGUUUUAAUGUUUUUUACUCAUCCUUUUAAGUCAUGGUAGAUAAAUGUUUCAUAAGGAAAUCACAGUUUUUAGACUCCCUGUUCUUGCUAGUGUGUGACUGCAGCUGUGGGGUCUGAGAUAUUUAUUUGUGAGUUUCAUAUCCACACUAUAGGGUCACUUAUUUAUUUUUGUCUAUUGAAUGAUGUACCACAGCCAUGUCUUCCUUUGAGUCUUGACCCCUUGGGAAUUGGAUUCCUCAUAGAAGGAACAGAGCACAUCAAGAUUUCAAGGGGCUCCCAAGAUGCUGAAACAUUGCAGAAGAAACCCGGCUGAAAUUGCAGUCACCUGUGUGGCAGCUGACAGUUGUUGGGAGGUAGGGCGUAUGUUUUAAAAAGCACUCAAAACACAGUGACCCCUCCCUUGGGAUGGCGAGGACCCUGUGCCUUCAGGCAGAGUGCCGCUCACAGUCACCUGCUUCCAGAUGGUCCUAUGUAGAGCAUCACCUGUGUGCAACAAGCUUUUUACUUUUUAAACAUAAACAAACGGCUUGGAGAAGAACCACGGGCAUGGGAAGCCUCCUGAGUAUUGGAGUUGGUCCUGCCUUGUGCUCCACCCAUCCUUUUCCAAGGAAGCCUUUUGCAGCUUUCUUGUAGGAAAAGAGCCUUUAAGCCUUCAGUGAAAGGAGGGACCACCAUCCUUGGGGUCACUUGGGAUCUCCUGGCUAUUUCAAGGGGAAACCAAAGGACAGGGUGGUCCUUAAGGCUGCCUCCUGCUCUUGGGUCAGAGGAGAGCUGUUCUCUCCACAAACCAUCAUUGCCUCUCUUCCAGGUGGAUUCACCAGGGGCAGUUAGAGGAGGUGGGGGGCUCCUUUCCACUUUAUAUUUUGUUAUUUGAAUGUUUUAAAAUGUUGAAUUUGGGGCAUAUUAUUAUUGUUCAAAAACAUUGAAUCUGCAGUAAGAAACAAGAAAGCAAUAAACCAGAUAAUUCACA